GUUUCAUUCCACAAAUUAUGCAAUUUUGUGAAGAAAAAGCAAAUCGUUAUGAAGUAGUUACUGAGCCAAUAGGCAUUCGCUUGAUGUUGAACGCUCUGAUUGGCUAAGACAGGAUAGUUUACUUCCCCUUUUUAUAGUCCAAUGCUAAGCGAGCUAUAAUAAAAUAGAGACGAGAAAUCUUACAUUAAGAAAGGGUUAACGGGCAUAUAGACGACUUUCAUCCGAAUUUUAGGACUCAGCUUUGAUCGCAGACUUACCACCAUAGCUUUGUGGCGUUUUCUCGACAAAAGCAGCCGCAGCCUCGCCCCGCCGUCUGCCUAACGCCUCGUCUCGAACCUCAGCUUCAAAUAUCUACAACAAACUUCCCACUCCCUCGGAAACUGUCCUACAUAAAAACUCACACACCAACAAAUCCUCUGUGUACCCUCGAUCUCUUAUCGAUUGAACAUGAUAAGCGCAAUACCAACAGGCGCAUACCCCUGUACCUCAAUCAUGGCGAACCCCACCAUGAUUCUCCAGCCCUGCGAUGCUCCGACUUCGACCCUCACCACGGCCUCGCCCACCAGCACAGCAAUACAUCUCACCACAAGCCAGAUUCUACAUGAUGAGUUCUGGCCCUACGGUGGAGGCGUCCUGAUCGCUUUUGGAGUCUGCGUCAUUAUCUUCGGCGCCAUUUGGUUGCUUGAUUUGACUUAUCAAGCAAAAGAGUUUGGGUUGAAUCUUCUAGUCUGGGUGUGGGGAACUUGGUGGACGAUUGUGUUUUGGCCGUUUCAGAUGCUGGCGAAGGUGAAUGAGAUAUUGAAUCGGGGGUUGGGGAGAGAUAGGGAUGGGAGAAUUAUAGUGCCGAGGGACAUGGAGGAGUGCUGAUGAUUUGGUGGCCUUUGGGAAUGGAUAAACGGUCAUGGGAGUUAUGGACUUUCAAGGAAUAGAAUGAGGAGUCAAUUGGACGAGUUUAGACGAACAGAUGGCAUGCUUUGGAACAAACGGGACACAGCCCUGUAUGACAAUAACCCGUGAUGUUGUUCUAGCACAGCCACAAGCCACAAUUGAGCGGCGAUAAGUACCUAGGU